AUGAAUCAAUUUUUUGCUCCAAGUAAAUUUAUAAUUACCUUGGAUAAAAGUGCUAAAAAUAUUGUGAGUCCGACGUGGAAUGAUGGAAAUAAUAGUAAAUUUGAAUUAGAUAUGCCGGAAAGACUUAUAUUAAUGGCGAACCAUCAGGGAAUGCAAUUUUUCAAAUUCAUAUUUCUAAAAAGAAAUUGGGAUGCAGAUAGAAAUGUAUUAACAAAGACCAUGGAUCGUUUAGCUGAUUCGAAAGAACCUUUAUGGUUACUUAUAUUUCCAGAAGGAACUGUGGUAUCAAAAUCGGCUCGAAAUAAAUCAAAAAGUUAUUCUGAAAAAAAUGGUUUGAGAGAUCUUGAACAUCUUUUAUUACCACGUUCUACAGGAUUACAUUUUUGUACAAAGGCAUUAAGAAAAUCAGUAGAUUAUAUAUAUGAUUUAACCAUAGGAUUCGAAGGGAUUUCCGUGGGACAAUUUCCCGAAGAUAUUUAUACACUUCGAGGAAUGUAUAUAUUAGGAAAAUAUCCUCGAAGUGUUCACAUACAUAUUCGUAAAUUUUUGAUUUCGGAAAUUCCCGAAGAAGAGGAAAAAUUUACUGAAUGGUUAAGGCAACGUUGGGUAGAAAAAGAUGCUUUGAUGUCAGAAUUUUAUGCUAAAGGAAAAUUUCCUUCGUUCGAAUCAUCAUCACCACCUAAAGUAGUUCCUUUAAAAUUAAACAGUAUAUUUGAAUUAGCGAAUAUGUGGUAUUUCAUGAUUAUGUUUGUUUGGAUGUUUUAUAAUGUUCCUUAUUUUUCCAAUAUUUUAUUUGAUAAAUUUAGUAAAUUUUCUCUUAAUAUGAUGUAA